AUGGCUUCGUCUCAACCUCUCGAAGAGGUCCUCAAAGCCCUUCAGAGCCAGAACGAGCUCCUCCUCCAACUUGUGCGCGAUGCAACCGGCGCAAAUCCCGCGCGGUCCUCUUUGCCUUCCGGCGCCAGCCGUGAGCGAGCUAGCUCCCAGUCAAAUGAGAUGCACAAGACGCCUCCCCUCCGGCCCAUCAGCUCGCCCACGCUCACAAACUCAGAGUUCGGGUUUCCGGGGUCCUUGCGCCACUCCCGCCGCCAAACUCUCGAGCAGACGGGCGACAUCCGGCCCUCCCUAGAGCCGAAGCACAUCCCGGCGUCACUACACUCGACGUACACUACUGGAAGCCAUGAGGUUCACGAAGACGACAUCCACUUCUUGCCCUUGCUCGAACCAUCGGUGUCGCAGCAGCAGCACAUGCAACCUCAGCCACUAGCAAUGGAACACCGGGGCGUCAGCCAACCCCUGGAUAUAGUGCACUUUGAAGACAAGGACCUCUUGAAUUACCUAUUCCAUACCGACUUUUCUGACGGAGCUGCCAUUGCCAUGGAAGACUUCAUUAGGAGGCGUGCCGGCACUAGUAUUGACUGGGCGCAGUCGCUCCGGCACUUUGCCGCAUACGAAAACGAAAGCCACGGUAACUCUACUUGCGAGGUCUACAAGAUCGGCGCGGAUUGCUUGGCUCGCCAAGUCCAGGUCGAAGACGGCAACGAGCCCCAGUGCAAGUGCGAUGACGCUGAUAUGGACAGCGAUCAUAGUAAUACCUGCUCGGCGCCUCAGGAGGCAGACGCCGUGGCGGUCUGGGAUAAGAUCAAGAGUGUUAAUCACGAUGCGCAAGGUACUGUUGGUAGAAUUACAAUCGUGCAGGAGCCCACAGCGCUAGCAUUCGGCUCUCUUCACUUCGCCAUGGCCAAGUACUUCGAUAUGGACGAGUUGUUGACCCAUCUCGUCACCUCGGACGGCAACAGCGGCAAGACAACGGCGUACAUGAAUCGCGCAUUUCCACCAGAGCCCUCACCUCGGUCCACCUCUCUCUCAGCAACUGAUGCCCGCCCUCAAUUCCAGGCGUCGCCAUUCACGACAGUGGCAGUAGAUCCCUACAUCCGCCAACGCAGUUUCUUCUUCGCGUUCAAGUACUACACCGUUGUCCAAAGUGGCAAUGAGCCGGCCCCCUGGGAGCGUUUCGACAAUCGGCCGGCCGAUAAGCGCUCCCAAGAUCACAUCGACAUUGCCGAGUGCAGCUCUGUCCUUGCCUUGUCCCUCUCUGGAGAUCCGACACAAACCCGGGUUCGCCGGCGUAGAGGAAAGCCGCCAAAGGAAGGAUUUGUGUUCAACUCAUUUGCGCCGUGGCAGCUUCUCAACAUCCAGUCGUUCCCGGAUGACGAGCACACAGACCGAAGUGAAGACGAAGGCAAGGUCCUACUUAACGGGCCACACGCUUUCCUUGAAGCCCUCGUAGUGGAAUAUCAAGAUGCCACUAGGAGGAAUCGAAUUCUGCACGACAAGAUCACCAAGCUCAUCACGCCUGAUAUCAACUUCAUGUUUGAUAACAAGAUUCGGGACAAGCUUCUAUUUGAAGACAAACACUUUACAUAUAUUCGUCGCUAUUUUUGGGCCUACAUGUCGCUUGGCGUCAUCAACACGGGCAUCAAGGCGAUGCUAGCCGCCUACGACGAGACAUUCACCCCAAACUUCUGGGCUGGGACUCACCCCACGUUGUGGCCCCAUCCCGAACCGGACUCUCCCUCAGGACAGCAGUACCUGGCGCGCAUGGCCUCUUUGCGCGCCGAUCUCGACCGCGUCCUCGCGGACCUCUGGACAGUCUAUCUCAAGAACAAGGAGACUCGCCGGGAAAUCCAGAGUUUGCGCGAGCAGCUCUUCAGCGGGAGCUCCAUCAUGGAGAGUCGACGGGCCAUCGAGCAAGGCGACAACAUCCGCAUCCUCACGCUCAGCUCCAUGAUCUUCCUACCCCUUACAUUCGUGACCUCCGUCUUUGGAAUCACCGUCUUCGAAAUCCCCGCCACGGACUGGCGCUUCCCCACCACAAUGGUCUGCGUCUGCGUCCCCUUCAUCGUGCUCCUCAUCCUCCUCCAGAGCCGCUCCGUGAACCACUCCAUCCACGGGUUUUUCGAGGGUCUGCGCGCGAAAACCUCCACGCUACGACGCCGCACCGUAGCCCCGUCCGAUCGCUCCUCCCGCGCCCGGGCCCCAGCUCGGGACUGGAAGGCUCUGCUCCUCGGCGGCGUCCGCCUCGGGAACGAAGGUGAUAAGGCCGAAAGCCCAGGGGCGCCGCCCGUAUCCUUCUCGGCCGCUGCCGGCGCGGCAAGGAGACGUUCCGAGCAUGGCUCGGCGCCGGGUCUGCCUGCUUUCCCGAGGGGCGCCAUGUCGCGCGGGGAAAAGAAGAGGCUCGUGUUCCUGCACGAAUCCAUCAAACUGGUAACUGGCGGAGAAUAA